GACUCUUUUAGCAUAUCUGCUGUGUGCCACAGAGCCACAAUCAAAGAGCUUCCUUUAAUAACUCCUGCUGACGCACUCAAGGUUCUCGAGUCUGACUUUAAAGAUGAUAACAAGGAUAACAAAUCAGUGUCUCAAGAUGACAUUCUCUUUCUGAAUAUGCUAGAGCAAAACAUUUAUAAAAACUAUGAAGGACAUUAUGAAAUGCCACUUCCAUUUAAGGAAAGACCUCUGUUACCAGACAAUAAAAAAAUGGCCAUGGUACGACUUCAAAGCCUCAAAAACAAACUGUCAAAAGACCAAAGAUACAAGGAACAUUAUGUAAAGUUUAUGGACGAAGUCAUAGAGAAGGGUGAGGCAGAGGAAGUUCACAAUGAAGCAAAAGAAGGAGAAAAGUGGUAUAUUCCUCACCACGGAAUAUAUCAUCCUCAAAAACCAGACAAACUCAGAGUAGUCUUUGACGCCUCAUCUAAAUACAAAGGAAACAGUCUCAAUGAUCAUUUAAUGUCAGGCCCAGAUUUGCUGAACAAUCUAAUUGGUGUUCUAAUGAGAUUCCGAUGACAUCAAGUUGCAUUACUAUGCGACAUUGAAAAAAUGUUCCAUCAAUUUCAUGUACACGAAGCAGAUAGAGACUACUUAAGAUUUUUAUGGUGGAAAAAUGGCAACUUAGACACAGAACCCCAAGAGUUUCGAAUGAAGGUACAUCUCUUCGGAGCCUCAUCUUCUCCAGGAUGUGCAAAUUAUGGACUAAAACAUCAUGCAAAUGAAAACAAGACCCAGUUUCCCCUUGCAUCUCAGUUCAUAAUGAAAGAUUUCUAUGUGGAUGAUGGUGUAACAAGUACGACAAGCAUCAAGGAAGCUAUUAAGCUCAUCCAGGAAAUUCAGACACUUUGUGCUUCAGGUGGCCUCAGACUCCACAAGUUUGUAAGUAAUGACAAAACAGUGUUAGAAAGCAUUCCACCAUCUGAACGUGCCUCUCCACAACAAGCAUGUGACCUAGCGUUUAAUGACUCUAAACUUGAAAGAGCGCUAGGUAUUCACUGGCACAUUGACUUUAACACUUUACGGUUUCACUUUCGCCCCAACAACCAACCUGAUACAAGGCGUGGCAUUCUAUCUAUAGUUGCAUCUUUGUACGACCCGUUAGGAUUCAUCUCCCCCUUUGUGCUCACAGGUAAAAGAGUGCUUCAAGAGACAUGCAAACAAGGUACAAGCUGGGACGAUCCCCUUCCCAGUGAACAAAAACCAAUGUGGAAUAAAUGGAAGGAUGACUUAAAGAACCUGGAGAAAAUAACAAUACCACGCUGUUAUGUUCCUAAAGACUUUGGGCAAAUAGUAAAAACAGAGCUGCAUCACUUUUCUGAUGCCAGUUCAUAUGGUUAUGGCCAGUGUUCGUAUUUAAGAUAUACAAACAAAGAUGCUAAGGUGCAUUGUGUUUUGGUUACAGCAAAGACCAGAGUUGCUCCUAUUAAAGUAACAACAAUACCCAGACUCAAACUGAUGGCCGCUGUGAUCUCCAUUACUGCGAGCAACGUAUUAAAGGAUGAGCUUGGAUUGAUGAAUGUUCACAUCACAGAUUGAUGAAUGUUUCUGGACAGACUCUAAAGUAGUUUUGGGCUACAUCAAUAAUGAGGCACGCCGUUUUCAUACCUUUGUUUCAAAUCGAGUUUAAAGGAUAAGGCUCAACAGCACACCUCAGCAGUGGAGAUAUGUCUCUUCUGAACAAAACCCAGCAGAUAUUGCCUCCCGAGGCUCAAGUGCAAGUGAGCUCAUUUCAUCUGACUGGUUCAAAGGGCCACAGUUUCUGUGGGACAAAGAAAUUCCUCCAUCUGCAAAGAUAGAUGUAAACUUGCCACUUGGAGAUCCAGAAGUUAAAAAGGCACAAGCACUGAGCACCUUCAAAACAGAAAAAAGGGGGAAAGGACUGACAAUUAAUGAGAUCAGAUCAAAUGGAAUUUGGAUUCCAGUCAUCAACAAAGCUGUAGCAAAGUUUAUACACCAAUGUGUAAAGUGUCGCAGACUCAGAAAAGGAAUAGUACAACAGAAAAUGUCUGAUCUACCAACAACACGUUUAGAGCCAUCGCCACCGUUUACAUUCUAUGGAAUGGAUUGUUUUGAUCCUUUUAUAACCAAACAAGCUCGAAAGGUGCAUAAACGUUAUGGACUACUUCUUACUUGUCUAUGUUACAGAGCGAUACAUAUAGAAAUGCUAGACAACUUGACUACAGACGCGUUUAUCAACGCGCUCCGUUGUUUUACAGCCAUAAGAGGAACAGUCAGCGAGAUAAGGUGUGAUCAAGGAAGCAACUUCGUUAGAGCUAAAACUGAACUGCAGAAAGCUUUAAAACAACUGGACUCUAACCGCAUUACCACAUUUCUGGCAGAGAAGCAGUGUGAUUUCAAGAUGCAUACUCCUCAUUCAAGCCACACUGGAGGCGUAUGGGAAAGACAAAUCAGAACUGUUUGAAAUAUUCUACGCUCAAC